AUGGCCACCUCUAAAUCAACCCCUCUCUUCGGCGGCGCAAUCACAGUCGAUCUGCCCUCCACCUUCAGCGACGUCAGCAAUAUCCGCCAAGUCCCCGACCACCAGGAAGUCUAUCUCGACAGCAAUGGCUUCGCGAGCGUCAUGUUUGACAUCCUCGAGCGCGUCGGUGAAGCAGAGGCCGCAACCGACGAACAAGCGCUGAAGUACCACUUCAACGACAUCGUUUCGGGCACCGGAGACCGUACAGAGAUGUACAUGCCCGGGGAUGCGCCGUUGGCCAAGCUGCCCACCACCCGCGCCCUCACCCUCCUUGCAACCCAACACCCGACGACAAAGCGCAACCCCAAGGACGCCGACUUCACCGUCAUCCAGCUGAUCCUGAUCCGACUCGUCUCCCAGGAGACUGACGUUGUAAUCUCGGUCAACGUGCCUCACGUGCCGGGUGAGAACAGGGACCAGGACGUGGACGUGACGGCGGAGAAGAUGGCGACGGCGAAGGGGAUCCGAGAUCAGAUUCUGCAGACUUUUGAGGUCAGGGACUGGGGACUGUUUGGGCAGUGA